AUGUCUGCUGAGGAGGAUCUCAUCGACUACUCCGACGAGGAGCUUCAGACCAAUGAGACUGCGGCCGCCUCCAACGGGAAGAAGGCUGACGCUGCCGCCGGUAACAACGUCGACAAGAAAGGCAGCUAUGUCGGCAUCCACUCGACCGGUUUCCGCGACUUCCUCUUGAAGCCCGAGCUUCUCCGCGCUAUUGGCGAUUGCGGUUUCGAGCAUCCUUCGGAGGUCCAACAAACCUGUAUCCCUCAGGCUCUCCUCGGUGGAGACAUCAUUUGCCAGGCCAAGUCUGGUCUCGGAAAGACGGCCGUCUUCGUCCUGACGACCCUGCAACAAGUCGAACCUGUUCAGGGCGAGGUCUCCGUGUUGGUUAUGUGCCACACUCGUGAGCUCGCCUUCCAGAUCCGCAACGAGUACAAUCGUUUCAGCAAGUACAUGCCCGAUAUCAAGACUGGUGUCUUCUACGGCGGUACCCCCAUCCAGAAGGACGUCGAGACGAUCAAGAACAAGGAGACCUGCCCCCAUGUCAUUGUGGGCACCCCUGGCCGACUUAAUGCGUUGGUCCGCGACAAGGUUCUCCGCCUCGGCAGCGUCCGCAUCUUCGUCCUCGACGAGUGCGACAAGAUGCUCGACCAGAUUGACAUGCGUCGUGACGUCCAGGAGAUCUUCCGCGCCACUCCCACCCAGAAGCAGGUUAUGAUGUUCUCGGCUACCCUGUCCGAUGAGAUCAAGCCCAUUUGCCGAAAGUUCAUGCAGAACCCUACCGAACACUACGUCGACGAGGACACCAAGCUCACCCUGCAUGGUCUUCAGCAAUACUACAUCAAGCUCGAGGAGCGUGAGAAGAACCGCAAGCUCAACGAGCUCCUGGACGACCUUCAGUUCAAUCAGGUCAUCAUCUUCGUCAAGAGCACGCUGCGUGCGACUGAACUGGACAAGUUGCUGAGAGAGUGCAACUUCCCCUCCAUCGCCGUCCACUCCGGCGUCAGCCAGGAGGAGCGUAUCCGCCGCUACAAGGAGUUCAAGGAGUUUAACAAGCGUAUCUGUGUUGCUACCGACGUCUUCGGCAGAGGUAUCGACAUUGAGCGUAUCAACCUGGCCAUCAACUACGAUCUGCCCGCUGACGCCGACUCUUACUUGCACAGAGUCGGUCGUGCCGGUCGUUUCGGUACCAAGGGUCUUGCCAUCUCCUUUGUGAGCACUGACCAGGACCAGGAGGUUCUCAAGGCUAUUGAGAAGCGCUUCGAGGUCGCUCUUCCUGAGUUCCCCAAGGAGGGCAUCGAUGCCAGCACCUACAUGGCCUCUUAA